UAUGAGGAUCCUCUUCCAUGGAUAGCUAUCGACUGGUACAGCUGCAUUCAUAGCUUGUCGUCUAAUCCCGUAUGCAAGCGAUCGGUUACCUCCUGAUCCUCCUUGAUGUUUGUCCGCGUUUGGCUUUCCCUUUCAAUCCAUCCGUUGGUACAGGCGUCCUUCCAUGUGGGACUGAUUGACUCUCGGAUCACAGCCUUAUCUGUGAGUUUUCAUCUUGACGUUCAUUCGUUCAUCCGCUGUCAUACGAUAUCUAUCCGAAUUCGUGCGGUAUUUACUGGUGCAAAGAACUUGAACGAAGCGACCUGCCACGUCUCUUCUGAGAAUAGUUUCCGCGCGAAGUUGAUCGAUUUCAUUACUUCGUGCAUAAACUAUAUUUCAAAACUGCUGUCUCUUCCUUACUUGACCUGACCAGCGAUAAUAUUUCUUAUUCAGUGUUUCGCAGGAACACUGCCACGUAUAUAUCCAUGCCCUGCAUCGGCCUCAACAUCAAUGUUGUCCG